UCAGUGUGUUAUCUUUAUCUUACUAAAGCAUAGAAAAAAAAAAAUUCAUUGCAUUAGUCCCAAAGCACUCCUAAGCAAACCAACAACAAUGUCAUACCUUAACCGUCCCUAUGAAAGCAACUACUACGAGGCUGACAGAGAGGUCAUUCGUGAGGGUCCAUAUGGCAACUACUCAGCUGAGUACAGGAUUGAUGAAUAUGGAAACCGUGUACCCCACCACAACUACAACCAAAACCAACACCACCAAAAUGGGGUGGCCGGAGUUGUAAAGGAAAUUGUGAGUGAAGUCAUGUCUGGGGGCCACAAACACAACCACAACAACCACCACCACCACGGUCCAACUGAAUACAUUGAGAGGAGGGAAGAGCGUAUUGUUGACAGUACCUAUGAUCCAUACAGGAGGAUGUACUAAGUAAUGCCUGCUGCGUGCCUACAUGAUUCAGGGAAAGUGACAGCAACUAUAAGUAAAAUAAAAAUCACCCCUUAGCCUCUUGGCAUGGGCUAGUUUCUAGGGUUUGGUAUUGUGCUGUAACUUUACAUUAUGUUGUUUAAUGAUGUACUCUACUUUUAAUGAAGUUUUAAUUCAAUAGUUUACCUAAAGAAAUGGAUUAAUUCU